UGUUUCCAAUAGUUACCAAAGUGCUUCUACAAUAAAAACAAACGUCUUGUGACAAAAUUGUAAAAAUGCUGUAGAAAAAACUUAAUUUCAAAUUUAUUUAUAAGUAACUUUUAAUGCAAAAUUAAGUUCCGUUAAUUAAAAUCACCAGUACCGUCGUAAAUUGUUAAGUAUACCUACCAUGGAAGGAAAAAUCGCCUCGAAUUCAAAUAAUAUUAAAGAAAACGAAGAUUUAACAAUUAGUUCUACAAAUAUACCGACGCAUGGAUCUAUACCCAAGUGGCUGGAAGAUAUAACAAAUUCUCUAUCACAGAACACCAAGGAAAGCAGUAUGGGGUCACAAAUAAGUGUUACGCCACAUAUUUAUUCUGGAACUACGAUUCCCAGUCGGAUUUUGGAUGUUGAGCGGGAGAAAAUCUGUCGACCAAGUCAGUCCGCCCAAUUUGGCAGAAGAUCAUCCCUGACCAGCAACAUUUUCAACAAAGAUUUGCCUCGACACGUUUCUCUAAAUUCCAACGAUUAUUAUUUAACGAAUCUGGACGACCCCUUCGAUGCAACGAUCCUGUCGAGCCACCCGAAAAAUCUGGAAAACUCCUGGAAAGGCCUCACCGAGUUUAAUCAGCACAACCGAGGCCGACUGGACAGCGCCAACUUUAAGGGUCUCAUCGAGCUUAACCAAAAGCUUGGCGAUUCAGGUGAUGAAACUUACAAUCUCACUGAGGUGGAAAGGGCCAAAAGUGAAAUGACCAACUAUAAAGACCACGUAUUUCAUUAUGAAACAGAUCAGCUUUUAAAAAACCCGUUUUUCGAAAAAACAAUGCAGGUUUAUAACGAUAAAGUUGCCAAAGAGAAUCAAAUGCGCGAAGACAUAAUACAGGAAUUAUUAAACGAAAACGAAAAAAUUACGAGCGUGAGGAGAAACAGUUUUACUGAGGCGACGCAGACCGAAAGAUCGCAGGAAAGAAAUUUCAAGUACAAGCAAAGAAGACAGAGAAGUAAGAGUACAAUAGGAAUACCAGAUAAUUUUCAGGAUAAUGUUUUUGUAAUACCAGAAUUACCAUAUGGAAAAAGUAUGAUAAUCGACAUUCGGUCAACGUGGGGAGAUAAAUAUUACGUUGGCCUGAAUGGUGUUGAAAUAUUUGAUGUUACAGGAAAAAUCGCCAGAGUAAAAAAUAUUACAGCUAUUCCCCCGGACGUAAACGUUCUACCGGAGUGCAAAAAUGACCCCAGGGUAAUUUCGAAUUUAUUGGACGGAGUCAAUAGGACCCAAGAUGACAUGCACAUAUGGCUUGCGCCUUUCGAUAAAGGGUCAAGUCAUAUUAUCAUCAUAGAAUUUGUAGAAAUUACCACCAUAGCAAUGUUAAGAAUAUGGAAUUAUAAUAAAUCCAGGAUACACUCUUACAGGGGUGUAAAAGAUGUGAUAAUUUAUUUAGAUAAUGCCGUAGUUUUUAGGGGCGAAAUUGCCAAAGCUUGUGGAGGGAUGAUGGGAGGGGUGGAUGCGUUUGGAGAUACAAUUUUGUUCACAAUCGAAGAAGAAAUACUGGAAAGGAUAUCGAAAAAUGACACGUCGUACGCCUGCCUAACUUCAAAACCGUCCAGUCCAAGCCAAACCGAGAUUAGCAGGCCGCCGACGAGGGAAAUCCAAAUUCGGCCUGUAACAGGUGUCAAACAAAUCAACACGGCCGAGCCUCAAGAACAAAUCCUAUUGGGCGCCAGCGUCAUGGAGAUCGUUUUGCUGAACAAUUGGGGCAACAAGAAUUUUAUAGGAUUGACAGGUUUGGAAAUUCUAGAAAGUUCGGACAGUUUAGUCGAAAUUGACGAUAAAAACAUGACUUGUAAUAUGGGUAAAUGCCUGAAAUUGAAAAAUGUUAUCAACGGCGAAAAUAUAACGACAAAAAGGAAAGAUAUGUGGAUAAUACCAUUUUAUAUGGACGACGAAGUUGUACUGACAAUAAAAUUCGAUAAAAUUAAAUACAUUUCUGGUAUAAGAGUGUGGAAUUACAACGAAAAUUUGGAAAUGACGUAUGCCGGUGUUAGAACACUGAAAAUAAGACUGGACGGAAAUGAUGUGAUAAACAAUUUGAUCCAAAACAAUGAGUUUUUGUUGAGGAGAGCACCCGGAAAUACUGAGUAUAAUUUUGGGCAAGAAAUUAAGUUUUUCGAGACCCCUUGUAAUAUGUUGCUACCCAUCGAACCUAGCUGUAUAACCGGUUUUGUGAUUCAAUUUUUAAUACAUUCGACAUGGGAGGACAAAUAUUACUGCGGGCUGAACGGAAUCGAAAUUUACGAUGGGAAUAACAAAAAAAUCGAACUUGAGGAACAAAAUAUUUGUGCUUGUCCUGAAAGCAUAAAUACUUUACCCGAAGUAGCAGACGAUAUAAGAACACCAGAAAAACUUAUAGACAAUAUAAAUGACGAUAAAAGUGGUGCGCAUUCUUGGCUAGCUCCUAUAAUCCCAAAAAUAUUAAACAAAAUAUUUAUUGUUAUGGACAUUCCAAUUUCUAUUUUGCAUGUUAAGAUGUGGAAUUACUCUAAAAACCCUGCAAGAGGCGUAAAAGAAUUUGCAAUUCUAGUCGAUGAUCUAAUAAUCUACAAUGGAACCCUGAAAAAAUACGACCCCACGUCAAAGGAUAACUCACAAAUUAUAACAUUAUCCGACUCGGAUGCCACAGAUGAUGACGCAAUUUCGUCUCUUAGAUCCCUACAAGAUGUUCUGCUGUUAAACGAAAGCGCGGCCGAAACGCCUAAACAAAAAAUCGUGCCCCCAGAUGAAGCACUAAGGCCUUUUACCUGUGUUAACCCCUUUAAUAGAAGUUUUUCUUCAAACAGUCAAUAAUUUUGUAUAUACAGUGUAAAGUAUUUUAUAAACGGUUG